UUCUAAAUUAGACGUGCUUCAUUUAGUCGGAACAAUAGCCGAGUGCUCUUCUUCAUUCUCUUAAAUUCAAAUCAGCAAUUGAAGCACAGGUUAAAAAAUUCUUUUGUUAUUCAAAUUACUGCAGAAGAAGACAAAGAACAUGCAAAAUCGGAGCUUAAAAUCUUCACCCGAGUGAAUCCAUCCAUUCAACGAGCAUGACUUCAAGUGAUUGAUAGUGCUAAUAUAACUCAUUCUCCAUAAAUUUGGUGGUAAUUGACACUCAAACCUUAACACUCAAUGUAAUAAAUGUGUUAUCAGAAUGCACACGAAUCAUUAAACCCAUACUUUAGCCAACCCCUGUCUACACUGAAUACCAAGAAAGUAUAUAGUACCUUGAGAUUCCUAAUGACAAAUUAAGAGUGAAUUUUGUAAACCUUAAUGACAUGCAAAACUUGUAAUGCAAAAAAAUACAACGAGAAGAAUAUCAACAAUAGGAAUUUUAAUUUGAGUCAAAUGUCUAAAACUGCACAUAUUCAUUAACUGAUGUCACCUCCAAAAGCGUGACAAGAUUUUGAAACACGUGCAUCUCAUUUUUAUUAGUACAACAAAAUAUUUUUCAGCAGUAACAAAACAAAAGUACUUUUUACUAAUUAAUGCUUCCACUUAAUCCUUCCGUCACUUAUUGUCACUCUCGUCGUGUCACUUGCAGAACAGUUUGGAAGUUUGUUAAGUAGGUAGUUAGUUAGUAAUGACCUGCUGAAAAUAUGCCGAAACCAUUUCCGUUGGCAUAAUUAUUGAACAGCAUCUCAAAUUUCUAAUGUUUCAUCCUCGUUUGUCACUUUCCUCACAGCUCUAUAAAGUAUUUAUUAUUCUUUUUUUAUAGGUUUUUAAAAAUUUGUCAAAGGUUAGUGAUAUUUUAUAUCCAUUGCUCCCCGUUGAUGUGAUAACAAAUCAUCCACAACACUAUUUGGCAGCAUACGCUAAGCAGACUAUAAAUCAAUUUACUUGAAGUAGUGUCAAUCCGAGCUGUUCGGAUUACAAAUCCUUCAAAAUUCCGUGGUUCAACAAGGGAAGCUUCACGUUUCCCAACACACCUCCACCUCCUCCUCCCUCCCAAACCAACGCCAGAUCGUCACCCAUUGUUCAUGCAAAUAGUGGCAUAGGUCACGAAGAAAGUUCACAACAUCCUCUGUCCAGGCCUAUUGCGACUGCGACAUCGCAAAUUUCAUCCUCUGUGAUAACCUCUGUGGACAAUCCAUUGUACAUCGAAAAUCUAAAUUCAUCCCCAAUAUACGAGAGUAAUAAUAGCGACGACAUGUCAGAGCCCCAUGCAGGCGACGAGCCUUCGCGAUUCAGAGUGAAUCGAAUUCAGUCUUCCCAGUUGCAAAACACCCCGUCCGUUGUGGGCACCUUUAUUAGUACUUCAAUUCCUGAGGACCUGCCGAUAACCAUAAAUGUGGGUGGAUCAGUUCCGAUGGCGAACAACAGUGAUGGGAACAACGAGGGGGGUGAUGGCUAUCCGAAUCAGCACAUGCGACCCAGAAGGUCGUCAUUGGCUCAAGGGCUUGGAGGUGGAAGGAAAAAGAGUGUCACGCUACCAAAGGACUUUGAUUACUUGGCAGAAAACGAUGGAACUGUUUAUGGGAAAAACUUUGCCUACUACACGAGAGAAGCCCUUCCACACUUUGAAAACUAUAAAAAUAUCUUGGGUGGGGGGAACAUGAGCAGACCCACUUUGGAGGAGCUUCGUAGUGAAGCCAUGUAUACAAAGAAAACUGAGAUAAUUCCUGAAGCUGUGAGCCAAAGUGUCAAAUUUGGUUGGAUUGAGGGAGUGCUUGUGCGUUGUUUGCUAAAUAUUUGGGGGGUCAUGCUCUUCCUUCGACUUUCUUGGGUAGUGGCGCAAGCAGGAAUAGGCUUGGCGAUUGUAAUAAUAUGUCUUUCUGCAACGGUAACGACGCUCACGGCACUAUCCAUGUCGGCCAUUAGUACCAACGGACAGAUCAGUGGAGGUGGUAUCUAUUAUAUGAUUUCGAGAUCCUUAGGCCCUGAAUUUGGUGGUGCUGUUGGAGCCAUUUUCAGUUUUGCGAAUGCUACUGCAGUGGCGAUGCACACCGUGGGUUUUGCGGAAUCUUUGAACGACCUUUUAAAAACUCUGCAGGUGAAAAUAGUGGACAACGCCCAGAAUGACAUUCGUAUCGUUGGCACUAUUGCUCUGAUUGUGAUGCAGUCCAUUAUCAUAAUCGGAACUGAAUGGGAGUCAAAGGCCCAAGUCGUACUCUUAAUAAUCCUGCUAGUGGCCAUUGCUGACUUUCUCAUCGGAGCAUUUAUAGGUCCGUUGGACGAUGAUGAGUUCACACGUGGAUAUGUGGGAUUUAAUGCUACCGUGUUUGCGACAAAUUUUGUGCCGAACUACCGUGAAACUGAAGGGACCAAGCACGGGUUCUUUACUAUUUUCGCUAUCUUCUUUCCUGCUGCCACCGGAAUAACAGCUGGUGCCAAUAUUUCUGGAGACCUUAAGAAUCCUGGUCAGGCGAUACCCAUCGGAACCUUGUUGGCAAUUCUAACAACGACGACGUCCUAUAUUGUGUUCGCACUGUUGGCUGGCGCUACCACGAUCCGUGAUGCAACCGGACCUGUGUUUGACGAUCUAAAUGCCACCUCCGUAAUACGAGAAAACUGGGAAUUUGCAAAUAAUUGCACUGGAGGUGUUACAAAAUGUGUCUGGGGAAGUCACAAUAGUUUUCAGAUUAUGGAACUUAUGAGUAUUUUUGGUCCAGUCAUCUAUGCAGGGUGUUUUGCUGCAACCUUGAGUAGUGCGUUAGCCUGCUUGGUGUCAGCCCCUAAGAUAUUCCAAGCCUUAGCUAAAGACGAGCUCUAUCCAGGAAUUAAGAUAUUUGCAAAAGGCUUUCGUAGAAAUAAUGAUCCAUUUUUUGCAUACGGAGCGGCAUUCGUUAUUGCUCUGGCAUUCAUUCUAAUUGCGGAACUAAAUGCCAUUGCUCCUUUGAUAAGCAACUUUUAUAUGGCCGCAUACGCUAUGGUCAAUUUUUGCACUUUCCACGCAUCCCUCGUGAAACCACUGGGCUGGCGACCAGAUUUUAAGUAUUACAGCGUUUACUCCAGUUUUGUGGGAUUUGUAUUAUGCAUCGCAAUUAUGUUUUUGAUGUCAUACAUCACCGCACUAGUCACUUUCGGGAUAUUGGCUUGUCUCUUUUUUGGACUGGUUUACAUUAAGCCAGAGGUAAAUUGGGGUUCCACUGCGCAAGCACAAAAUUUUAAAUCGGCCAUAAAUUCAGUUCAAUCGUUGAACACAACCCUAGACCAUGUGAAGAAUUAUCGGCCCCACAUCUUGGUCUUGAGCGGUCGACCUUCCAAUAGGCCGACCCUCAUUGACUUCUCAUACCUCAUCACCAAAAACAUUUCUAUGCUUAUUUCUGGACACAUUAUCCAGGAACGCCAACCCUACAAAGUUCGAGAAUACUUGCAGGAGAAGGCACUAACCUGGCUGACGAAGCAUAAAGUGAAAGCAUUUUACAAUUUAGUUGAUGAUGUGGAUUUUGAAGAGGGAGCACGUUGUCUGAUGCAAGCCAGUGGAGUAGGAAAGCUAAAACCGAAUAUUGUUCUCAUGGGCUAUAAGUCAGACUGGCUUUCUUGCGAUGUCGAAGACUUCAAGGCAUAUUUCCGAGUGAUUCACGACGCUCUGGACAACCAUCUUGGGUUUAUAAUUGCCAGAUUGCGUGAGGGGUUCGACUACUCCAACAUCAUCGAAGAAGACAGCGAAGAAACCGUUUUGAGUUUGACCAGAACCGAUUCGCAAAGUGGAAUGGACUCUGACAGCUCCAGGUCAGCCACGGGCAUCCCGAAAAUCACUUACACCAACGAGUCCUUCUCGGUAGAACCAGAAGUUGUGGUAGAGAGCAAGAAGAGCAAAAAGAAAAUGAAGGAGAUAGGAGCAGAUUUAAAGGGAAUUGGGGGUACACCAUUGCCAAAAGCGGUUGUGAACAAUCUCACACAGUUCCAGAGGAAACAGAGGAAAGGAACAAUUGACAUCUGGUGGUUGUAUGACGACGGGGGGUUGACCAUGUUGAUCCCAUACAUUAUCAGUACCAGAAGCAUUUUCCAAGGUUGCAAGUUGCGUGUAUUUACAAUUGCAAACAAACAGAAUGAUUUGGAGGUUGAGGAGGCUGGGCUAGCAAGUUUACUAGCAAAAUUUCGUAUAGAGUAUUCUGACCUGGUUGUGAUUACUGAUGUGAUGACAAAAGCUAAGGAUACUACGCGAGAAUUCUUCGAUGGACUAUUGAAGGAGUACAGAAAAAAUAGCGAGGAUAUCAUGGACGAUGAAAUGAAACUGGAUAACUCUGAAUUGAAGGCAAUGAGAGAGAAGACCAAUCGGCACCUGAGACUAAGGGAACUUCUUCAGGAUCACUCGAGACAGGCCAAUUUGAUCGUUAUGACGUUGCCAAUUCCCAGAAAAAGUGGAAUUUCUGCCCCAUUGUACAUGGCGUGGCUGGAAUGCCUCACAAGAGAUAUGCCUCCAUUCCUCCUCGUUAGAGGAAAUCAGUCUUCCGUCCUCACUUACUAUUCAUAGAAACCAUAACGAAUAGAGCGAAAACCAUUUAUUUCAUGCAAUUUUCUAUUCAAACCGACAGGUUUGGACCUAGAAGUUGUAAGAUAUGAAAAGUACGAUGUUCACAUGCAAACACUAAUACAGUGAAUGAAUAUGUAGUAAUCGCUACAAGGUUAAGCAGUAUUUGGGAAAUAUUUAAUAAUUUGAAUAACAAUAGAGUACAGAACUUUACGUAAUUUCAGUUUCCUAUUGAUUAUAAUGCAAAUACUCCAUUGACUUUACAACGUCGUCUGAGGUAGUACGCUAAUUAUUUAAAUAAUUUAACAAGUUUAUUGCUGUUCAUUACAAUGCUAUUUAAAUGCAUCUUCUUAAAUCAUACUUGCUACCACAUAAAUAAGCAUAAUACUAGUUAGCAUUACUCGGCACAAUGUGUUGUGAAAGAAAAAUAUAUACGAGUUAAAUAUUUUACUCUUAUCUUAAAAAUUAGAACUUUCGCGUGUCGUUUGAUGAAGAUCAAAAAUUGAAUUCAAGAUGGCCAAAUUUCAAAUCCUAAUGUUGCCAGCAGCGGGUGCGUGUUUAUUAAUCGUAUGCAAUAAUUACUUUAAUUUUUGGUAUAUAGGUAAUUAUAGUGCUUUCAUGAAACUCCACAAUUAAUAUAUUGUGUGCAUUAAAUGCCUUAAAUCCGUAUGCAUAUCUUUUACCAUAUAUUCCUGUACGUAUAUAGAAAAAAAUAAAAAUUAACGAAUUGACACGUUUUAAAU